AUGGCUACAGCCGUAGAUAUCUGUCGCCACCUGCACUGUCCCAUCUGUAAAAACCUGUUAGCCGAACCUGUCUCUACCAGUUGUGGACACACCUUCUGCAAGCGCUGUCUGGACCAGCACAUCAGCUUGUCCGACACGCAGUGUGCGCUGUGUCAGGAGCCCAUUUCUACCAAACCCAGCGUGAACGCUGCGCUCGAAGCGCUUCUGCGGGAGUUUCACCAAACUCAAUUAUCCAUCCUGAGCCUCUUCACCGGAGAAAGAGGUGAGGUUCCGUGCGACCUCUGCGAUGAAAGCCUCACAUUCAGAGCGGUCAAGUCCUGCUUGAUCUGUCAGAUGUCGUACUGCGAGCACCAUCUGAAGCAGCAUCAGUCCACAGCGAGACUCAAGGGCCAUAAAUUGGUGAGUCCGGUGGAGAGGCUGGAUCAGCGGGCGUGCAGUGUACACGGCAGACCGCUGGAGCUCUACUGCCGACAGGACGAGCGCUGCAUCUGUGCUUUAUGUGUGAAGACAGCCGGAGACGUGACAUCAGUGGAGACAGAGAGAGAGAGGAGACAGGCAGUACAGCAAAAUACCAUUGAACAAUUGGAAAAGAUGAUCGGUCAGAGGCAAGACAAACUUAAGGAACUUCAGGAAACAGCCACAAACUGCCAGGCUGUGAUAGAGAGAGAGCAGCAGGAGAUAAAGCAAGUGUUUGCUGCAGUGAUGGAGACCGUGAGGAGGGCAGAGGGGGCGCUGCUGGCUCCUCUGGAGAUUGGAAGGAGGUGUUUGGAGAAGGAGAUGGAGGAGAAGACACAGCAUAUACGAAAAGAGAUCAUUAAAUAUAAGGAGAUCAUCAAUUCUUUGAAUGCCACAAAGAAUGAGGAAGAUGACAUCCUCUACCUCCAGAAUUACCUGUGUGUGCCUGCUGAAUUGAAAGACGACUGGGCGGUUUCCAUUGACACUGAGCUAAACUUCGGCACAAUGAGAAUUUUAAAAGCAGCUGUGUUGGCUCAGAUUGAGUCAAGUCUCGAGGAACUUUGCACUGUUGAAAUUCAAAGAAUUCAUAAGUUUUCAGUGGACGUGCUUCUGAAUGCAGAAACGGCACAUCCAUGCUUGGAGGUGUCUCCAGACGGCAAAACUGUGAGAGAUGCUGGAGAAACUCAAGAGAUCCCGGGAUGCCCCACACAGUUUGUUCGGGUCGGGGAGAUACUAGGAACUCCUCAGAUCAGGUCUGGAAGAGCGUUCUGGAUCGUGGAGGUGGGGCAGAAGACGGGGUGGGAACUGGGUGUGGUGAGAGAAGGUGCUAAGCGAGUUUACUGGGCCAUCGUGCUCUGUGCUCAAGGAAUUUAUGGAGUUUUUGAAGAUCCUCAAGUGCAGCUGCAGCUCUCCAGCAAACCCCAGAAGGUGGGAGUGUUUGUGGACUGUGAGGAGGCGCUGGUCUCCUUCUAUGAUAUGGAGGCUUCGUCACAUAUUUACACAUUCACUAAGUGCAGCUUUAAUGAAGCGAUCCGUCCAUAUUUUAACCUUCAUCACAACAGCAAUGGGAAGAAUUCAGCUCCAAUGGUCAUUUGCUCUGUCAAUCAAACUGACAUUUGCAUGAGAGGCGUGUGGUCUAAAGCAUAGGGGAUAAUUUUAUGAUAUAGAAUGCAACAGUGUGGUUCACUUUUUAAAUAGGCAAAUACAUUUUUCAUGAUAACUUAUAAAACUUUAAAGGCAGACAUAUUGUGAGCUCUGAAGUUGUUAAUCAAUGAUACAGUUUAUGCUUUUGUUGAAGUCAUCAGUCUUUAAUAUUUCAACGUAAUUUUCCUAAAUAAUGUGUUUAAUAGCAGAAUUCCUGGUCAAGAACUGCAAUACCCAUAAUCCUAAACAGAGAUCCACCAAUCAGGGAAUCAAAGUGUGCCAAAAGAGCUCUGCAGUGACCAUGACAUACUGUGAAUGACGCAAUCGAGUCCGCCACCCUACAAUCUCAAGCUAUCUACAUUUUUCUAUAUAUAUAUAUAUAUAUAUAUAUAUAUUUAGCAAUAAACAUAAAAUAUAUUGUGUAUAUGCUUAAAAUCAACAACUUCAAAUCAAUAGUUUAAUGUUUUUUAUCAUUUUUAAUUUCAUUAUAUCUUUUGCAAUGCCUCAUGGGAUUGUAGUUCAUUCCCUUAUGAUAUAAGCUAAGUGCACAGUCUUGUGCCUUUGUCUUUUUGUCUGACUUUCAAAUACUUUUUUGCCUCAAAGCAAUGUUUGUGAUGUUGUGAUUCACCUCAGAGCAGUUUGCCUUGGCUCAUGGUGCACACAUCUCUUUUGAGGAUUUUAUGAAAUCCCUAUGGAAAAAAUGAAUAGGAAAAAUACUUCCAGAACCAAGACGGCUGAAAAUGUAGGCUGGCACUGUUGUGCUGUGUUGAGACGAUGAAGGCUCAGGGUGUUUAUAAUUGUCUUAUUUUAUUUUAUAUUUUUAUUAUAUUAUUCUUUCUUUCUUUUAUGGACCACACUUAAAGUACCUUGGAGUACCAUGCACAGUAAAUACCAUAUUACAUGAAUAUGGGAAUCAUAUAGUACCAUGGUAAUACCAUCUGAUAUCAUCACUGCACCAUGGUAUUGCCAUAGAGGUUUUGACAUUAAUUAAUGUUUUAUGUUAAUGAGAACGGUAUCCUCCUUGUUUUAUUUGCCCAAUAUUCUACUACUCAUAAAUGUAUAUUUACACAUAUUACACAAUAAUAGGCCUUUAUCACAUUCCUUAUGUCGUCACAUCCGGCACCAAAUAUAAGCGUAACCAAACAUCCACCCACCGAUCUGUCUAUGGACGACUGCAGCUUUUCCUAAAUAAAUUAGGCCAACUUGGAUGCACUUAGUAGUAAAAAUCAGCCGUUUAACUUGGGGUAACUCAGCCUGUCACCAUGUGUUAUCAAAUGUCUUUGUAUUCACUAUUGUGAAUAUAAUACAGUUGUAGACAGUGGGACACUGGUCACGACUCACGAGCGGACGCUUCCCCAAUCAUCGUACUCAAACCACAAGAUUAUAACUUCACGUUUACAAUGGUUAAACCGGUUAUGUUCUGUAGUCAGACUCUGGGAUGGAAAUGGGAUUUCUUUAUUUGAACAUUUUUAG